AUGUCUUUUUAUUGUUUUGAAACAAGACAAGACCGUACAUUGGUACCUUAUCCGCCACCAGAAUUUAGCCAACAAAUUGACCGAAUGUCACCAGCAGAAAUUGUUGACCAUAUUAUUCAAACCAAUAUUGACCCAAUAACUUUGACCAAGAUUGAAAAACAAAUUGCAGUACCCCUUCGUCAACUUAUUUCUCCUCGAGAAAAUCGUCGUCGUCGGUGUAUUCCUCGACCUCAAAAUAAUUUUGUUUUAUAUAGAAGAAAUUUUCAUGCGGUUAUUACGAAAGAAAGAGGUCAUUCCGUGGCAAAAAAUUUUAAACUUAUUUCAAAUGAGGCAGCCAAAAAUUGGUCAGAAGAGAGUAAUGAAGUUAAACAACUUUAUGAAUUAAUAGCUGAUUGUGCAAAGAAAGUUCAUGAUUGUACAUACCCACAAUAUGUUUAUCAACCAAAACAUAAAUCUUCGAAAAAAGGAAAUAAUACAAUAUUUCGAGAAGUUACUAUGGAUACUUGUAAGCAAAGAACCGAAAGAACUAAAUCUGAUCGUAAUUCUUCAAAAAAUGAUAAAUCUACAACUUCUUCCACUUCAACAUCAUAUUCAAAAUCAUCUACUACACCUAAUAUUAAAUCUUUGACGGCAUCAAUGACUUCUACUAUGACAACUUUAUCAUUAGAUUCAACACUAUCUCCAUCAAGACCACCAAAUGGCGCUGGUCGCAUUAUAGCCAGAAUUGUUGAACUUUCUUCUUCUAUAGGUCAACCAAUGUCAACAUCAAGAUUACUUCCACCAAUUGAUAUGCCCAUUUCUCAGAAUUUAAUGGCGGGUUAUGAUAAAAAUGUUUGGAAUUUGGUUAAUGGUUUCACUUAUUUGUAA